AUGGAGGGACGUUCAAAGCGGUACAAGAAGAUUGACUUCUUGGGUGAAGGACAGGUAUAAAGACAGUACGUAAGGUUGUGUGCUUAAUUCAACAGCUGAGUAUUCUAAUACUGAUCAUUUUGUUGGAUAGUUUGCCACAGUAUACAAAGCCGAAGACCAGGAAACUCACACGAUUGUUGCAGUGAAAAAGGUGAAUUUCUAUCUCCUUUUUUUCUACUCCCAGCUUCUUUCUAUUACAAAGUGUAUAUAUUACUUGUUACUUGUUGAACAAAUUUAAAAACCUAAUAUCGACGAGAAUAAUAUUUAUGAUGCCUAACAGGUUGCUUCCUAGUUGUAUAGAAAGUCUUGUGUACAUGUUUUAGUUUAGGAUCAGAAUGAUAUGAACACAGAAGCCUUUAUUAAAAAUCUUACUGCUGUUCAUCAGUUUCUUAAAAAUCUCUAAAGCCAAGUAGUAGAUGAUCAUUUUUAAAUCUCUAAAGUAAUACCAAAAGGAGUUCACGUUUCUGUUAGAGUAUAUAUUUGUUACAACAAUACUGUUCCCCCCCCCCCCCUACACUCAUUUUAUGAUAUAACUGAGCCCUAGCAGGGAGGCUGGACACUAGUAUACAUUCUAACUCACCUGACAAGUAUACCGAGCGGCAUGAAACUUUCACGGGUUCUAAUUUUUGCAAGUUUUGUGAUUUUUCCAGUGAUCCGCAAAAAUAAGUUCCCGCAAAUAAAUAUUACCGCAAACAUUUUUCCCACAAAAAUUUACUCCAGUGUAAAUUUUCUCUAACUUAAAUUUGCUACAAAAAAAUAUAGUACUAAGAAAUUGUGUCUGUUAAAUAACAUAGCAUACGAAUACCGUAGUAUUGUUUAAAAAUAAUCUUUCUAUUGCACGUUCUUAACAAAAACAAAAAAUUAUAUUAUCAAUGCUGGGCACUGGUUACGUUCUGAGAAUCGCAAGAAUUAAUUCCCAGCAAGAAAAACCAGUCUGUUCUAAUCGCAAAAAUUAGUUCCUGCAAAACACAAAAGAUCACCAAUCCGCAAAAAUAUACUUCUGCAAAAAUUUCAUGCCACACAGUAGGUUUACCAGGUUGAAGUGUUAUUCUGAAAUAAUUUGUAGAGGGGCUGCCAUGAUCAGCCUUUAAGUAAAUUAUGGGCACAACACAGCCAAAGCACAAGAGACACAAGAGAUUUAUGGACGCAAGAGCUUUAAUCACCAGCUGCUAUUCGUCCUUUAAAAUCUGACCAGCAAGUUGAGCAGAUACAUAACAUUCUUCUCCUUUCUUUAUCAUUAUUAAUUUUCUUCAAACUGUCGACGCUACUCGGUUGCUAGGCUGGUUUGUAUUCUAAUCUUGGAGAUAGCAGAUUUCUGUUACAUUAUUUUGAUCAUAUUUCUAAAGUUCAUGAGUCAGUAAGAAGAACUGGUCAAACUUGCAUAUUUCUCAGUGUGUUGACAGCAUUUCAUUGCUUAUGAAGCCAUCCAGUUUUCCCACACUGGGGCUGCAGAGAAUUUGAAUGCAUUAGUAAAAAGAGAAUGCAGUCCCUCCUCCUCUUUUUCUCUUCUCGCUCAUGCAUUUGCCUGGCUCGCUCACACAUAACAUGCUCACCCAUGGGACAAAAUUAUCCUGAGGGACUGCUAGCAGUUUACCAUAUCAUCUUCAUUAAGUAUGAAUCUCUCUACUUAAAAACCCAAUUUAGAAUAUUAUUAAACUGAUUCUUAUACUCUGUAAAACCUACGCAAAGACUUGAUGAGAUAAGUAUCUCUACUGGAAGCCUGUUUAGAAAAUUAUUCAGUUUUUAUGCUCUCAUUACCUCUUAUAUACCUAAACAAGGCCAUCAUAAUAUGGUUAUCUCUAGUAAAAGCCUAUUUAGAAUAAUAUCAAACUCUAAUACUCUAAAAAAUCUUAGUAAAAACAUCAGCAAACUUGUGUUUCUGGAUUUCUGAUGGAAAAAAAACCUAAAAACUGGAGUCCUUAGCACCCUAACUAAUUAUUAUUAUUAUUAUUAUGAUUAAUUUUUAUCAUUUGUGUUCUUUUUUUCAGAUCAAACUUGGGCAGAGGAGUGAAGCAAAGGAUGGUUAGGUUUUUAACAUGAUAAAUUGAGUAGUAAUUGUUCCAUCAGUAGACCACUGUUAACUUGGACUCAGUUUAUUCACUUUAGGUUAAAAUAUACCCAUUUACACCAAGUGAAGUGAGUUUUUUGUGUGUGUCCCCUGUUCUUCAAGUCCUGACCAUGUUUCAGACCAAAAAAUGUUGUUUACAUGCCCUCGUUUCAUACCUGACCUUUAAAAUCCAUACCUCUUUUCAGACCUGGACAGGGCUUCUGAUAUUUCGCGGAAAAAAACACAAAAUUUCGCGGGAUUUUCAGGGGCAAAUUCGCAGAAAAAUCGGCCGAUUUCGCGAGAUUUUCGCGGGAAAAAAGUCAAAAUUCGCUCACAAAUCGGCCGAUUUCGCGGGAGAAAAGUCAAAAUUCGCAGAAAAUCGGCCGAUUUCGCGGGAUUUCAGUGGAAAAAAGUCAAAUUUCGAAGGAUUUUCGGGGCAAAUUCUUAAAAAAAUCGGCCGAUUUCACGGGAAAUUUUGGGGGGGAAACUUCGCCAAGAAACAAUCAGUAAAAAACAGCCGAUUUCGCUGGAUUUUUUUGGCAAAUUUCGCUAAAAUCGAUCAAUGUUGCGUCGAUAUGACCAGCACUGUUUAACGGGAUAAUCAUUUGCUCUUUCAACAACAGUUCGCUCGAGAAAUCAGCGAAUGCUAAAGCUGUUAACAUUAUGGUUAGUGCCCAGUUUUUCGCAACGUUCAUCUAAGAACGCCUUGUAGUUUUGAGGCGUUGUUUACUCGUUGCGCGCAGUGACAAAGUUUCAAGAUAAAUUUGGACGUUUGGGGUGAAUAAAACAGGUCUAAUAGCCAAGAUAAGUAUUAAAUAUGUUUCGCCGACAUGUAUUUGGAAAUAUUUCUGGCGGAUUUCGCGGUAUUUCGUGUUUUUUUGGGAAUUUUGCGGGAUUUCGCGGAAAUACCUGAAUUUCGCGGGUCCGCGACGGCGCGAAAUAUCAGAAGCCCUGCCUGGAGGAGGUCAUAAAAUGCAACAUACAUGUUUUCAUAGGCAAAAAUUUUGUCGUCAUUACUUGGAUUAGAGCACCAACAAAAAUAUUCCUUAAAAGCAAUUUUAAAUUUGUUUUUUACUCUUUUUUUAUUCCUUUGGAACUGAAAUGACAAAUAUGUUUAUAUGCUCCUGUAACUCCCUCCAUUAAACCAAACCUGAUUCCAGACAAAAUGGGCAAAGGCUAUACCCCUUUUCAUACCGAAAUGGCACAAAAACAACAUACCCUUUGGGCAGCACAUAUAAAGGCGUACCCCCACCCAUAAGGGGUAUUUUUUCUGUAAUUUCUGCUUUGUGCUUUUUUCAAGUGGGUGAUUUAUUAGUUUGCCUUUUGCAGUUGGAGAGAAAAUAUUUGAAGUUUCAUUCACUUGUAAAAGAGGUAUUGAAGGGGUGUCCGUAUUCAGUGGGUUGAAUUUAGAGAAAUUGUAAGAGCUUUCUUUCCUCAGGGACAAAGAAAACUGUCUGUAAUAAUGAGUUUUCCACAUAAAACAGGUGUCCAUAAAGUGUGGUUUCACUACGUGGUAUUAGUUUAGACCAGUAGUGGUCACCAAGUCUCUAUCCUAAUAAUUGUUUAUUUCAGGAAUAAAUAAAAUCUCAGACAUUUAAAAGAGCUUAGCCUUAGAAAACUACAUUUUUCAGGCCACAGUAAUGCUAGAUCCUAGCUCCUUUUACUUAAAGGAGAAGACUUGAAAUCAAAUUAAUCAUGCAGGAUAGGACUUCCAAAUUAAUCAUGACUGCAUUUUAACAGGGUUAUUCUCAGUGUAAAGUAGAUAUUGUAUUUUUAAGACUCCAGUUAAAACAGUGUUUUUUUUAUAUGCAAAUAUUAUGGCGGAUCUCACAUCAGUGGUCUUUGGUAUAACAUUAUUUAUUGCACUCAGUUGAGUAUUUGUGAAAAACAGAGAGCAUUCUUAUAUUGAAUGAAACUGUGUGACUUUUAUGUAGGGAUCAAUAGAACUGCAUUACGUGAAAUCAAGCUUCUACAGGAACUCAAGCAUCCCAACAUCAUUGGGGUAAGCAUUUGAUUUCCAUGUAUAGCACUACGUACUGAUGCUCCGCAAUUAUCCCCUUCAAAUUUACUGUUUUCAUUUCUACUUUUCUUCUUUUAGCUUCUAGAUGUAUUUGGUCAUAAAUCAAACAUCAGUCUUGUGUUUGAUUUUUUGGAGACAGAUCUUGAGGUAUCUCUUUAAUAUUUAUCCUGUACAGUUAACUUAUUAAAAUAUCAAAUGCCUUUUAAUCCAUCAUCAAUUUCAAUUCUUAUUUUUACUAAUAAUUUGUCUCUUACACUAUAUAUUGACAUUAGGUUGUCAUUAAAGACACAAGUAUUGUUCUGACUCCUGCAAACAUCAAGAGCUACAUUAUCAUGACACUGCAAGGCCUGGAAUAUCUGCACAUGAACUGGAUUCUUCACAGGGUAAGUUAUCUUAUUGAGACCAGGCAAGAACUUAACAUAAAUUGCUCAAGAGAGGUGUGCAUAACUUAGUGUCGACAGUGACACUAAAAUUAAUGAUUUUUUUUUCUUGGAAUUCAAGUCAUUUACAGCCUACAAAUUGAAUGCUUACAUUUGUAAAAGUUUGUUCUUUACUUGUUUAGGAUUUAAAACCAAACAACUUGCUGAUUGAUGACAAAGGUGUGCUGAAAAUAGGUGAUUUUGGACUUGCAAGAUCAUUUGGAAGUCCAACCAAGGUCUAUACACAUCAGGUGGUCACAAGGUGAAAAUAUGUUCUGAUAUCUUGAAAAUGUAAAGGGGGGAAAAUGGGAGAUUCUAUUAAGUUUCAUGCGUGCAAUAUACAUAAUCUCACACUAAAUAAAAAAUAUGUUGUCACCUGUUUAACGGUUUAUAAACUAAUGCUUAACAAUGACCAUUUGUGUCCUUCAGGGUUUGUUUCCUUCACCAAAUUUUUACUCUAGCGUCCAUAUACCCACAUACGCCUGUCCGUACAGCUGAAGUGCAGAAAAAUAUAUAUAUUUCAUUUCCUGGAUUAAAGCAUUUUUAUUAUUCAAUCGGGAUGAGUGAUAACUUUUUGGCAUUAUAUUGGUGUCUUUGUGCUAUUGUUUCCUUUAUUCUUUUAUUAUUCUAUAAAGUUUAAUGUAUGGUCACUAGGAAACUUUAAAUAGUGUGGUGAGAAACAAAAAUGUACCCCUCCCUACCCCUGAAGCAUUUUCCUUAUGUUUAUUUCCUGAAAAUGCCUUGCAGAAAUGCAGGAAAUAGCAUUUCAGAGACUGUAAAUUUGAAACUUUUCUGGGGGAAUAUACCCCCAAACCUCCUUGUUUAGAGCACCAUCUGUGCUUUAACUUUUCUUCCAGUGUGUACACCUUCAAAAUCUCAUGCUCUACCCCUGUCUUGGCAUUUGUGCCAUUCGCUAGUUUAAGUAAGCCCUAACUGAAAUAUGUAUAGCUCAAAAUUUUUAUGUAACUUAUGACUUUGUGAUGAUGAUAUAGGUGGUACCGAUCACCAGAAUUGUUAUUUGGAGCAAGGAUCUAUGGUACAGGUGUUGAUAUGUGGGCUGUUGGCUGUAUACUGGCUGAACUUCUUCUAAGGGUUGGUGAUCAAUGUGUCUACACUGCAACCUGUAACCCAAUGCACUUCGUAACAUCAUUUCAAAGUGUUGCGGCAGCUAUGUGAUAAUUUUAAAACUAGUUACAGUGUAGCAAAUGUGGCUGGUUUAGUUAUCUCUAAACUACAUACCUCAGAACACUCCAGAUUCACUUUCUGUUUUCUAACUGUAAGUUUUACUUUCAAGAGACUCUUUUUCCAAACAGCGACCUUCCUUCCAUAUAGAGAGUAGAAUAUGGAUGUUUAUCUUAGAUCUUCAUUUACCUGUGUGGAGAACUGAAAUUACAACGAAAAAAGAGAAGCAAUUCUUAGUUCUAUUAUUAUAUUUUUUAUGUGCAUCCAGACUUAAAUGUUUUGGUACUUGCUUUCAUUGAAGGUUCCAUUCUUGCCUGGGAGCUCUGAUUUAGAUCAACUGAGUAAAAUAUUUGAGACCCUUGGAACACCAUCAGAAGACUCUUGGCCAGUGAGUAAUCAUAAUGUCAAAUAACAUAAUAGCAAGUACAUUAGAGCGAUUUUCGAGUGACCUUCAAAAAUGGUUUUGGUAAGUGUUUGUUAUUUGUUUUAUUAGCCAAUAGAUGAAAAGAUCAAAACAUGGACUCUUCAUUUUCCUGCCAAAGAAAACCCUAAUAUGGAGAAGGCAUUGUUCAAUUGGCCAAUCGUGUUGCAGUAUGACGUCAAAGCCAAGUAUCGAUUAAUUAAUUCCUACAAAGUUCUCGGGCAUGAGAUUUAUUCUCCCAAGUGUUCUCUUAAACCAACCAAACGCCACCGACGUUUGUAUCCGUUUGAUAAACCAAUCAAAUCACUCUAAUUCCAUUCAUUUGUUGUUUUUGUUUUGUUUGUGAGUUUUCAUUUCAAGGUCAUACGAAAAUCGCUCUAUCCCAACAUACCAAUGUUUUUAGCUCAACCAACUGAAUAUAUCUUGAACCAGCUCAUGGUUUACUCAGUGGGAGGGGCACUCUACUGCAGCACUGGACAUUGCAGCUUGGAAACCUGGGGGCCCAACCAAUACUUAAUGUCUUUAAUUAGUUAACCCAUUCCCUCCUGAGGUCCUCCUGGGGCCAAUUUCGUUGUAGCUAGUCAAGCCAUUUUCUCCAUUUGCAGCCUCAGGCUGUAGAGCCAGAAGUGCCCAAAGCACCAUAUUAUAGUUUGAGCACUUUGUAGCCUUCUGUUCUAGACAAAAAAUAUCAGCUUCUGAAGUUCAGGCUUGUUGCCUCCCCCCAUAUUUCCCAUACCCUCUUAUUUUGGGGGAGGGUGGGUCAUUAAUUCAAAACAAAAUCUCGGAAACAGACUUGUAAUGAAAACUAUUAUUCUUGUUUGAAGGUAUUAGCCCAAUAUUUAAUCUUAAAAUACAGGCCGAAAAAAUCCAGUGCUACAGUUUUGUACGACCAGUUUCUUUUAAGGUUUUUCUUCACUUUACCUUGACGCUUAAACCUUUUGAUAAAUGAACAUGAUUUCAAUCUCCCUCUGUAAGUUUGUCGGCGUGUGCGUCCAUUAAAUGAGAAUGUCUCUGAGGCUAUCAUAUGGUCCUCUAUUCAUUGUCUUCUUCAAAAGGAUGAGUUGCUUUUGAGGUUUCCCUUCACUUUAUGAGAAAGAAAGCUUUUAGGGUUAGAUGGAAGGAAGUGUAGGUACAGUAGGUGGGCAGUGGAACAAGAUUUCAUUGGAAUUUUUGGGUCAACUUAACAAAGUUUUUUGUCUUUUCUCCAGUAUAAUUUCUUGAUUAAAUCAUGCUCAUUCAAGCAUGAUUUGAAAGACCUCUUCCUUUGCACAAGUUAAAUGGCCGUUAAAACUGAGGCAUUACAAGCUGUACAAGGGAUAGCACUGGCAGUGAUGGGCAGUUCAGGAGUGAAUGGAUGAAAAUAACUUAGAAAUGAAGGUACUGCCUGCACCUUCCUAAUGGCUGAUCCUUUGUACGGCUCAGAUGCUUCUGCUUCAAUAGCAUCUUUACAAUAAAUACAAAUAAAACUUAAAUGAAGUACCAGUAGGUUUUUUACUGCUACCAAACCUGCCGUCCAGCCCAUAAUUAAUACUCUGUUCCCAAAUUAAUUUCAUGAUAUAAAACAUUUGUUUUAUGUCUACUGUCUAGGGUGUAACAUCCUUACCAGACUACGUUGAGUUUAAAAAAUUCCCAGGGAUCCCUCUUAAGGACAUUUUCUCGGCUGCUGGUGAUGAUCUUUUGGAUCUGCUGGACAGAUUACUGGAUUGUAACCCUCUGGGCCGAGUUAAUGCCUCUCAGGUAAAGGUUUACCAGUAUGGAAAGAGAAAUACCCAAAAUGGUGGAAAAUUAUAUCAGUAGAAUGCAAGCAUUCAGCAUUCCUCUCCUGAGUCUAGGCUUUACCAAAGCUUCUUGUUCCUGAUAUCUUUGUCGUUGUUGUUAACUACAUUUUGAGUAUUGUCUGCAUAAAUUUAUUUCUUAUAUGACACCAUUUAUAGUGCAAGUUCUGAGACAGCCUCUAGCUGGCAUCUCUUUUUAAAUGGUCAGGCAAAACACAUGAACAAGCGAAGGGCAAAAUCAGUUUCAGUAAAGCCUAUUCCAGCUUUUCCUCAGCUCCGUCUUACCAUGAACCACUGCUUCUUGUGUCUUUUGCCUGCCUGUGUAUUUAAUUACAGAGGAGAGGAGCGUUCAUGAAAGCAAAGUGUGCGGUUUCUAUUGCAGUUUGCAAUAAUGUUGCAAUUAUGAUUUUUUAGGUGAAGAAAAUUCUUUUCUAAGCCACACGUGAUCAACAAUUUACUCUCCUGUAGUUCUGAUUUGCUCAUUUUUUGUAAAUGUAAGAAACUUGAUUUUCUUUGAAAUGCUGGUUAAUUCCCUGUACCUUUUUUAGGCUCUCAAGAUGCCUUACUGUUCUAACAAGCCAGUACCCACCCCUGGUCAUUUGCUACCACGCCCUAAAUUACCAGGUGCUGCUGAGAGUAAGAAACAAGAAGAAAACUCGCUAAAAAGAAAAAUAAUCGAUUCUUUUCCUGAUUCAGGUAAUACGUUGUCUUUUGUAGAACUAUAG